GCAUCGGGCCCCCGGGCGGGGCGACCGGCAUCGGGUCCCCAGGCGGGGCGACCGGCAUCGGGCCCCCAGGAGGGGCGACAGGCAUCGGGCCCCCAGGCGGGGCAACGGGCGUCGGCCCCCAGGCGGGGCGACAGGCGUCGGGCCCCCAGGCGGGGCGACAGGCAUCGGGCCCCCAGGCGGGGCGACAGGCAUCGGGCCCCCAGGCGGAGCGGCGGGCACCGGGCCCUCAGGAGGGGCGACAGGCAUCGGGCCCCCAGGCAGAGCGGCGGGCGCCGGACCCCCAGGCGGAGCGACAGGUCUCGGGCCCUCAGGCGGAGCGGGCGGGCGCCGGACCCCCAGAUGGAGCGACAGGUCUCGGGCCCUCAGGCGGAGCGGCGGGCGCCGGACCCCCAGGUGGAGCGACAGGUCUCGGGCCCUCAGGCGGAGCGGCGGGCACUGGACCCCCCCCAGGCGGAGCGACAGGUCUCGGGCCCUCAGGCAGAGCGGCGGGCGCCGGACCCCCAGGCGGAGCGACAGGUCUCGGGCCCUCAGGCGGGGCGGGCGGCGUCGCCGGACCCCCAGGUGGAGCGACAGGUCUCGGGCCCUCAGGCGGAGCGACAGGUCUCAGGCCCCCAG